CAUGGUAGGUUUAACCGACUGAGGUCCAUAGAAAUUUGACAGCUUCACAGGUGAGACAACCGUCCAGAGGCUGUUUCACUUUACAUUUCAGUUUUUUCCCGGAGCACUAUUCACUGUGAGCCUGGGGUUGCCACAGUCAAAAAACAACCAUUCGAAGUCAAAUCAUUCCGGCAGCAUGAGCAAAAAGAAAAAGGACUGGAAGACUGAAAAAGAGAGACUGCUCCGUCUAGAUCGGGAGGAGAGACGCAAGGAGUAUCGUCGUCAAGAUUUUAUAUCUUUGGACAAGAUCUCAACCUGGAGAGAGGAAAAUAGACCCAAUGACAAGGAGGAAGGGACGGAGCUGACGGGUGGAGGAGGGCUGAAUGAUAAAGUAUCCCUGUACAAAGGAGAUAUUACCGUCUUGGAGGUGGAUGCCAUUGUCAAUGCUGCAAACUCCAGUCUUCUGGGAGGAGGGGGAGUGGAUGGCUGCAUACACAAAGCGGCGGGGUCCUGUCUGUAUGAUGAGUGCCACUCACUAAAUGGCUGUGAAACCGGCAAAGCCAAGAUCACCUGUGGCUACGAUCUCCCCGCAAAAUAUGUGAUCCACACCGUGGGCCCGGUGGCCAGAGGUCAUGUGGGCCCUACCGAGACCAAUGACCUCACCUCCUGCUACCAGAACUCCCUCAGGCUGAUGAAGGAGCACGACUUGAGCACUGUGGCCUUCCCAUGUAUAUCCACAGGCAUCUAUGGCUUUCCAAAUGAGCCUGCAGCUGACAUCGCUCUGAACACAGUAAAGAGCUGGAUCGAAGAGAAUCCUGAUAAGAUCACACGGGUCAUUUUCUGUGUCUUCCUCGAGACUGAUUUUGCCAUCUACAAGAAGAAAAUGUCUGUCAUAUUUCCAGACAAUGACAUGGAGGUUACAGAGGAGCAGCUGAAGGGAGAUAACACACCGCCAUCCACGAAAUCCACAACCAAGGAAGAAAGUGAAGACAGUAACAGAGGUAAAGAGGAAAUAGGUGACGAAGAAGAGGUUGACGAUGAUGUUCCGGGAAAUGAAGACGUGGAGAUGGCGAGUCAAAACCCAGAUGAAAAUUCAGGAAACGAGGAGCCAAAUCAAGAAAAGGACAAAGAUGAAAAUGAAAACCAAGACAAAGAUGACGAUGUUGGCUUUGACAAUGACGAAGAGAAAGAAGAAGACAAAGGCACUGACAACGAUAAAGAUGAGGACAAAGCAGAGGAAGAGCAGCCUGCUGCAAAGGCAGAAGAUGACGACACAGCAAAGUCCACUGUGGAGAUGGAAGAUGUCUCUGAGAUCAACAACACUGGCACCAGCAAUGGGGAGGAGAUGAAAGAUCCUGUCGAGAGCUCAGAAGAACGUGACUCCAUUCUAACUGACAGCAUUCAGUCCAAAGACACUGUUGAGAAGAAAGAAUGACCAGCUGAGGGAAAGACAAUCAACCUCAUCUGACAGCCAGCAAAACUGUGCGAAGGCCAACCACACUGGUGUCAGACGGGCCCAUGUCAGUAUGGGCUCUGACACUGGCCCAGGACAACCAGUUACUCACAAGAUGCUCACAUUCCCAACUUUAUUUAGCCUAUUCCCUCUUUAUUAAGAAACUACUCAUCUCUGAAGUAUGUAUGUUCUGUAUGUAAAUGUAUGUAUGUGCAAAACCUUACUAUAGGACUUGAACAUAUCAACCAGAAAAGAUGAGCCAUACCUCACUGUGUGUGUUAGAGUCAUACAUCAUUUUUGCCAGCAGGGUGCGAUGAGAUAAACCAGGUUCAAGUCUCUUUAUUUGAUCUAAUCCCACUGUGAGAGCAUGGUGAAGCUGUCAGAGGACAACAGCCGCAGCUCCUACAUGUUGACACUCCGGGCUGGGUGAUGCUUAACAUCAACCAUCCUUUUGUUCUCACAGCGCCACAGUCAUGGUGACAUUCAACGAUGGAGUACCUGACAACACCCUGCUUUUGUAAGCCUCAGUGGAGUGCAACACACUGACGCCUGCCAUGUGUCCUCACACUCUUGCAGCUUGAGCUCCAUUAUUUAGUCAAAUCAGCCAAUACCCUUGAUUUAGACCGCGGUCUG